AUGCCGGGCUCCUCCCUCUGGCUCAUCCCGCCGGAAUCGCAUCCUCUGCAUGGCACAAUCACCUCGCUCAUCGCCUCGGUCCUGCCAUCCAACUUUCCCACUGAAGCGGGUGGCGAUGGCGGGACUAGCCCGGUGCUGUUCGCCCCGCACAUGACCCUCACGUCUGAGAUACUGCCCUCCACGUACGGCGGCGACAGCGGGCCGUCAGAGAAGGAACGCGAGGAGGAGAAGCAGCGUGCGCAAGAGUGGCUCGACACGCUUCCACUACCGCCGGCCAGUCAUGUCCGCGUCAGGCUGGAGAGCGUGGACACGCAAGACAUUUUCUUCCGGCGGUGCUUCAUCCGCGUCGGGUAUGACGGCGUCAAGGAGAUUGUCGGCGUUGCGAGGGAGCACGGUGUGGUUCGUGGCGGCGUCGGCGGCGGCAGCACUGCGUCCAGCGGGCAAGAUACACACGGUCAGCCCGGCACGAUCUCGCAGACCACGGAAGAAUGGCUUGCGUGGUGGAAAGAGGCCUACGGGCCUCAUGUCAGUCUGAUUUACGGCUCAACGCCGAUCACCGACGAGAAGCUCUCGCAGAUUUCCAAGACAGUUGAAGAGGCUGGAGUUAAGCUUGGUGCUUCAGCUGCAACACUCACCGACUCGACAACCGAGGAAGGUGCUGGCUGGGAGGGUGGCAUGGUAUGGCUUGUGCCGACAGAUCGCCCGAUCGCGGAGUGGAAGCCGAUCGCGACGAGAUUAUUGUGA